GAAUUCCAACCGCUUAUACCAAACCGACGAUCAAGAUGGGGAAGCGAGCAAUUUCAGAUGUGGUAGCCGAUGACGACGCGACCGUCAAGCUGGACUCUUUGUCUCGAAAGAAGAGCCGCAAAGACAAGAGCGAGAAGCGCCGAAAGCAUACCACAGACACCGAAUCCGUACCCACAAGCAAUGGAACUACUACGCCUAUAGAAGAGCAGGAGGCAGAAUUGCCAAAUGAGGAUGGAAAUGAGGAGAAACUCUCAAAAGCCGAGCGGAAGGCAGCGAAGAAGGCAAGACGAGAGGCAAAGGAAGCGAAGAAGGCAGCGAAGUUGCGCUCGGAGACAGAUGCUACAGAGACCACGACGAAUGGAGUAGAAGAAGACGAAGCUGCUGCCAAAGCCUCCAAGAAAGCGGCGCGGAAGGCAGAGAAGAAGCGAUCGAAGAAAUCGGCUGAAGUUGGAGGAGACAACAAUUCCACCACCGCAUCCUCGAAAAUCACUUCGGAAGCUACCUCUACAGUCGCCUCUAGAGUAGAAUCCUCUGCGACUAGCCCAGAGCCAGUCGCGGACUCUGGUAGUUACUCUUACAUUGAAGCCAAGGAACUGACCGCACUUUCUCAGUCAGAGGUUGACUCCUACCUGACCACGCAUUCAGUCACGAUCGACGAUCCCCUACCCUCUGCUAGAAAGCUCCGCCCGAUUAUUAAGUUCUCGUAUGUACCUGUCACCGACGAAUCCCAGCGAGCGCCGUUUGCCUCGUUCACCGCGCCCACACCCAUACAGGCAGCAGCAUGGCCGUCUCUACUGUCAGGGAGGGACAUGGUCGGAGUCGCAGAAACUGGCUCUGGCAAAACACUCGCAUUCGGAGUGCCCUGCGUCAAGUUUAUCUCCUCUUUGCCAAAGAAACAGCAAAAGGGCAUAAAAGCAGUCAUCGUGUCGCCAACACGAGAGCUGGCUGUGCAGAUCCACGACCAAUUGGUGCAGCUAGCCACGCCGGCAUAUCUACAAGUGGUUUGCGUAUACGGAGGUGUGCCGAAAGAACCCCAGGUGAAGGCCGCUCGCACGGCACACAUUGUAGUUGCUACACCGGGUCGCUUGAAUGACCUGAUCGGAGACGGCUCCGCAGACCUCAGCAAAGCUGAGUUUGUCGUACUGGACGAGGCGGAUCGAAUGUUGGACAAGGGCUUCGAGGAGGCUAUCCGGCAGAUUAUCCAGUGCACGCCGAAGAAGCGACAAACGCUCAUGUUCACGGCCACUUGGCCGCCGUCAGUUCGCGAGCUGGCAGCUACCUUUAUGCAGUCACCAGUGAGGAUUACCAUCGGCGACAAUGUAUCGGGGGAACUGCGUGCCAACACGCGCAUCAAACAGUUGGUCGAAGUGGUUGAUCCUCGCGGUAAAGAGACUCGCUUGCUUCAGCUACUGAAGCAGUAUCAAUCAGGCAAGAGCAAGGAUGACCGCAUUCUUGUCUUUUGCUUGUACAAGAAGGAGGCUGUACGAGUGGAGAACUUCAUUCGCAUGAAGGGCUUUCGGGUCGGAGGUAUCCAUGGUGACCUCAGCCAGGAUAAGCGAACUGCUUCUCUGCAAGCCUUCAAGGCCGGCGAUGUGCCGCUGCUUGUAGCGACUGAUGUCGCUGCACGAGGUCUUGAUAUUCCGGCUGUCAAGCUCGUCAUCAAUGUGACGUUCCCGUUGACAGCUGAGGAUUACGUCCACCGGAUUGGUCGGACGGGGCGCGCUGGCAAAGAGGGUCUUGCAAUCACGCUUUUUACCGAGCACGAUAAGGCUCUUUCUGGGGCCUUGAUCAACGUGCUCAAAGCUGCAAACCAGCCCGUUCCCGAAGAACUCCUCAAGUUCGGCACUACUGUGAAGAAGAAGGGACACGAUGCAUAUGGUGCUUUCUACAAAGACGUUGAUAUGACUAAGAAGGCGACUAAGAUAUCUUUCGAUUAGUUAUCUGAAGUCUCAGGAACUCGUGCAUCUCGGCGAGGUGAAUAUGCGAGUUCGUUCCAUAUCAGUAGUAACGGGCGCCUUGGGCAAUGCAGCAAAAGUUUCGAAUUGAAGUCGACAGUUCUUAGAUGGCUGAUGGAAUAAACAUCUGAUUUGCGGGAUCCUUUCCGAAGGCGUCUCAGCUGCGCUCACCUCUCUUAGG